UGGUAAAGUCUUCAUGCAUGCAGUAGCUGUGUCUAUUGCUAGCUAUAUACUAGGACAAUAGAGCCGUGUAACUAUAGUACUACAGGUAAUAAGAGAGUUGUAGAUAGAGCCACUGGUGCAGAGUAGCAGCUAUGAAAGUAUUCUGGAUAUCACUGAAUGUUCUGGCAGUUUUACUGGGUUCAGCUCUGUGUAAUGAAUGUGUGAACAACUUCACCAGUCUGCAAGACAUUGCUCAGGAUCCAUCAUCAUCGCUGAACACCACCCUGUUGCCUCGGGGUGAUGAGAGAGAUGACCUAGAUGAAUUUCCAUUCAGACUUUGGGUAUUCCCAAACAUGAGAUUCGGCUGCAGUGGAAACCUGUCCAGGAUCGUAGUGAGAACUAACGCAAGACUAAGAGAAAAUCAAACAGCACCAGAAGUAGCUACUUGGAAUGAAAUUGCGAUUGAUCUAUAUAGAAUAGUUGAUGUACCCUACCCAGACGGUGUAGUCAGCUCAAGCCUUGAUAUGAUAGAAUACUUAUUCAAUCCUCCACUUCCUGUAAUGGACAGUCAGCUUGUUGGGUUUGUGUUCUCUGAUAUCAAUGACCAGCUGAGUCUUCCGAUAGCAUUUCAAGACGUUGGAGCUAAUAAUGCUCCAGCCAGUGUGCAUGUCUCAGCAUUAAAUACUGCAAAUGAACUUGUUCAAGUGAUGCAACCAAACGGUCCUUUCACGAGAGAAAACUUCAGAUUUGUUCCUCUAAUUGCUGCUCAAUUUGUUGAGGAUCCAGUCAUCACCACCCCACCCCCCACGACUGUUCCCGUGACAACCACUCCCUCCCCCUCUACCCCUGGUACCACGAACCCCUCACAAGACCUACUGGUGGUGAACGUUGGCUUAAUUGCAGGGAUCGCAGUAGCCUCCCUCCUAGUGAUCAUCAUAGUGCUACUGGCAGUCAUCAUAGCAAUAGUUGUGAGAAGAAAGAAAGCUCAGCAGAAUAUUUACGAAGUUCCAGUGGAACCAACUCCCCCCAAUCUGGAAAACCCAGUGUGCAGAGAGGAGGUUAUUGAGCUCGACUCUCAAACACAACAGACUGAAAUAAUGUCCAGCAAUCCAUUGUACAUGUCCAACACACAUGCAUCCAUCAACUACGAGGGAGAGAUGUAUUCAUACAUUGAUCCAGAAGAUGUACGCAUUCUAGCAAGAAAUCCAAUUGUCAGUCAUGAUGAGAUUAAAACAGAGCAAGUAGCCACUUCAAGCAACAUUGCUACUGCUGACAACAUUUGUUAUGGGUCAGCUAUUCCACGAUAUCAUUCUGACCAAGUGACAACUUCUGACAAUGUUGCUUACGGCUCAACUGUCCGAUAAGAAAAUAGAUUUUAGCCAUUGUUUGACUUAUUAUAUACCUACGAAGAAUAUUAUUCCGUAUAGCCUAGUGACAGACCACAUCAAAGGAUUAUGACACAUGUAUACAUACUCUGAUAUUGAUAUCAUA